UUGGACUUUUCUAUAGUAAAUAUGUUUGGACGCGUAGCAACGGUUUUCAUCCAGUUCUUGAUUCUAGCCAACGCGUACGCUCAGACCGAAACUGAGCCUCCCACAACCUUAACAACAAAAGCGCCCCCUACCACCACCCCGUCCACCACUACAACCGUAGUUUGGGAGACGGAGACUCUGAACGAGGGUCAAGCAAUACAGAAGGCUCUGCAGUAUCUUCUUCAGCAUCGUCAACCUGACUGGGGAUGGGGAAACGAUACCCACCACGUCAUGCUUACUUUACAGCUGGCUAACAACACCGGCAAGGAAAUCGAGCAACAAGGCCUGGAAAUGCAGCUUUCGGCAAAACAGAUGGAAAUCGAGAUAUUGUUAAUGAUGUCGAAACACCACGAAUCGCCUCCCCCGCUCGGACGGCGCGCCGCUUACACGCUGGCGCUCGGCGCUCUCUGCAAGGACCCGCGUUCGUUCCACGGCCGCGACCUCGUGGCGGCGCUGUUGCACCGCGAGCCGCCCCACGACCUGGAGUUCGCGUACGCGACGCUCGCGGCCUGCUCGUCCGCCGCGCAUGUGCGACGCCGGCAUAUACGUCGCUUGCUUGACAUCGCGAACGCUGCCGCAGACCAUAGCCUGGACACCAUAUCUAUGGUAAUCCUUGCUCUUCGGUGCGUUGUACAAGAUCACCGUCACCGCAGCCUCCUCCAUUUCGUGCGUCGUCCCAUGGCAGGAUUGGCUCGCCAGCAGCACCCUGAUGGCAGUUUUGGAUCCCUCACCACUACUGCUCUCGCCAUACAGGCGCUGGAGGAGUCGGAGAGCGGCGCGGGCGGACCGGGUGGUGCGGGGCACCAGCACUGGAGCCUACCGGCGGCCCGCAAGUGGCUGCUGGAGCGCCAGCGCGCUGACGGCGGCUGGGGCGACGUGGCGGGCACGGCGGCCGCGGUGGCCGCACUCACGCCCGCCUCGCUGGCCGCCGUGCGCCCGCCGCACUGCAGCGACAAGCUGCUCGACACGCGCCACGAGCCCAUGGACAGUAAUGGCGGCGACGGCAGUCUAAAACUGGCAUAUCAAUCUGGACACAACAAUAACGAUUCAGAGGUGCGCAACGUUUCCUUCACAUACACACUGUGGCUCGGGACCAAUGUCACUGAAAACUACACGCUGUAUAUGGUGGCGCCGAGGAACAUAUCAUUUUACCACGUAAUGCAAAUGGCGGCGGCACAGGACCCUAAGUUCAAGUUCGAGGCGAGCGAGUGGCCGAACGGACACUACGUGCACACGCUGGCCGGGCACAAGGAGGAACCGAUGGGCUACCACUACUGGCUGCUGUACCGCCUGCCCGAGGUGCCCGACCCCACCAGCCCGCCUGGCAACCAGCUCGUCGCACCUGUUGGUGUUGACGACCUACUCGUGGAAGACGGGGAGCAUUAUUUGUUCUGGUACAAGAAGCUGUAA